AUGGAGGUCAUAUCGUUGGCCAUCGAUCCUCCAUCGACGCCCAGGGCUCACUACCAGCCCCAGAAUUCGUCUAUAUACGACCGCAGGCUCUUGGAUUCCCACCGCCCACACAAGCACCUCUCGGUCACAAUUCGUCAAGACUCCGAUUUCGACGGCCUGUUUGACCAGGAGACGCAAUCACCAGUCGUAUUAGCAAAAGACCGGCAAUCGCGCCGACCAACUACCUGUGGUUUUCUCCCAUUGCCAUCGAUAAGCGCAUCGCCAGUAUGCACGCCCACAACUAGCAUAUCGUCGCGAGACUUGGACAAUCUCUCAGUCGAUGGGUUUGGCUCGUCGUCAAGCGGAACGGACGGUUACAUUACUGCCCCGCCUACGCCAGCUUCGCUCAAGCUCGCGUUUACCCCACCCACUUGGAUAUCCAUACCCCCGACUCCCCCGUCAAAACUGUUCAGACGCUCAGUUACUUGCGUCACGCGUCGCCCAGCAAUACCCCCUUCCGCCUCUUUCCCAGUAGCCUCACAAUAUGGUAAAGGCCCAAAGCGAUGUGCAUCCGUUCCGUCUAUGUCGCUACACCCGCGAUCGUCGUUCACACAGCAACAUACGCCUCGCUCCACAAAGGCGGAUGUCACAGCGGUCGCGAAUUCGCACACUAUGGCUCCCAGGGUAACCGAACGUGGCCCGAGUUCACGGCCUGUCUUUGACAUCGCGCAUGAAGUCAGCAGUGACACGGAGGAUAAUGGUGUCGGCGAGGAAGCGGAAGUGUCAAACGAAGAAACUAGCCCCGGGACGGGUUCAAGCGAUCAAGGACACGCGUCUUGGCAGACAGAACAAUGGAAAGAUCAAGUCAGAAAAUACCACGUCCUAAUGGAACUGCUGUCAACAGAGGUACGAUACUUGAUGGAUCUGAGAGUAUUGGUUUCUAUAUACCUUCGUAACCUAUCCACGGUGACGUGCCGGACACCGUCAAGCUCAGCGUUCGGUCGGACUUCGUCUUUUACCUCUACGUCUCGCUCCAGCUCGAAUACCCAUCUGCAUACCCCUCUUAGUGCUUCUUCCAGCAAUAUACCGGAUCUGCAGAGUCUGCAACCUCUGACCUCAAUUACAGCAAUUACGGUCAAAGACGGUAAAGCCCAGCCCCGCUAUCUUUUCACGAACGGUGAUAUCGAAUUGUUGGUGCGGAACGCUGAAGAAGUCCUUCAGUUCCACGAAAACUUUGUGGAGGAGAUCCGCUUAGCGUUGACUCCUCUUGGGUUCCCUGUGGAGUCGACGGAGAAACUUGGCACGGAUCUGGGCGUCAACAAUCGUGGCAUCGAUAAUCUAGAGGCCUGCAUUUCAUUUGUAUCGACAAAGUUUGCGACAGAGGCCUCACGUUUUAAUUCGUACGAGAUCUUCUGUGCUGGGCAUCCCGAGGCGAUAGAUAUCGUGCGUAGAGUGCAACAACAAUACCCCAGCGAAUGGGAAGUAUUCGAGCAACGAUGCUCAAUACUCAUUGGCGACUUGGUUGGGACGGAUACGACCACUAGCCCUAUCGACAGUGAUCCCGUCCCACUUCCUUCGGUUGAAACACCGCUCAAGAGGCGGAGAACCUCGGUUUCGUCACUUGAAGGCGUUCGCACUUUGGUGUCAAGAUCUGGGACCAUCCGGGAACAGGUACAAGAUCCUCGGAGGGACAAGAAGCGGCUAACCUUCCUUGACUAUCUGAUUAUGCCGGUGCAAAGAAUAUGUCGUUAUCCUCUGUUACUCGAUCAGUUGAAACCUGGAAAGGUCCUGCACGCCCUAUCGCCUCCGCAACCUGUUGGGCGCUCCGAUGUCAAUGUAAUAGUAGAAAGUGCAGCUCAGGCCAUGAGGCAUGUAGCCACCAAGGUCGACGAGGCUCGUCAUAGGCACGAUGUCGCACUGCAGUCGUCCCUCAUUGUCGCUAGGAUGUCUAGAGCAACCUCCGUGCCAUCCUCUACUCAACCAUCGUCUGUCAAUGUCAACUCUCAAUGUUUGACGCCCACUUUCUUGUCUUCCCUCGGUGUCUGCCUUCUCGCUGGUUCAUUAGACGUCAUGCAUUCCAGGUCGCAUGCAAGUGUCACUAGUAUCAAUGCUAAAUACCUCGGUGCUUUUCUAUACCUUGGGGGAUAUCUCAUUUUGGUCAAGGUGGUCAAAGGAAAGGUCUACGAGCCAAGACAUUGGUUUCGUCUUACGGAUUUCGAUGUCGAAGAUGUCACCGAAGAUGCGCUUCUUCCCUGCUCGUUCAGACUGAAUUGUAAAGGUCACCGAUUUGAAUUGGCUGCUGCUUGUCAGAAGGAGAAAGAUGCCUGGAUGUCGUCAAUACGGGAGUCCCUUUCCCAUUCGUCGUCUGGCUGGACCAACGAGCCAACCUCGAGCCUGCAGUUCGAUGGCAAAGGCGAGCUUGUGCCCUCCACGCUGGAUGGACCUUACGAGACCAUUCAUGCUCUGCCGACUAUUCAAUCGAUUCCGGACAUCGGGAAGAAUCUGGACCAGCCUGAACUCACAGCGACCCUACUAGAUACGCUAGCCCAAGAUCCCCACCCUUCCAAACCUUAUAAGGCCGAGACCACAGCGCCCAGUCGCAGGUCGUCGACUGCGUCAGUCAAAGCUAUAUUUACACCCGCUUCCGAGCCAGAUAUCAUCGUUAUUCGGCGCUCAUCGCCUUCGGCGAGAUUGCAGGUCGAUCACGGCCUUCGUGACGUUAUAUCUGAACCUUGUCUCGCGGCUAGGUCCCAUGCAACCAGUCGAGAAGAGGAAUUAUUCCAAACUCCUAAUAUCGCUAGGCCCGGUUUACCGCGUAAUAGCUCGGGUUUGAGCAUGAAGAGUCGAUUAAAGAAGCAUGAGAGUGUAAGGGUGCGAAGGCGGAAGAGUACUAUCGACAGGUCCGAGGUGUCCCAACCGCCCAGCAAGAAGCCCUCAAACUCUCGUGCGCACUCUUUGACGGCCAAAAAGCGUCCGAAGAAACUGAGCAUCACUUCUACCAAUUCGGAUGGCGAAUGCAUAUUUUUCCUGCCCCCUUCUGAGCGGUCACCAUCACCCUUCACGCAAUCGCCUUCAACUACCACUUCAUUUCCGCAUUCAGCGCUCAGUAGCCCCACGCAAGAAGUUUUUCCUGUCACUGCUUCCUCCGACACAGACCAUCGAUCGUGUACCGCUCGUCCAACUUCACUCGUCAGCACCUUCUUUCGUUCUCGACCUUCAUCGCCCAGUUCAACAAUAUCAAAAUCACCGGCUAAUGAUAAUAAACCCUCUUCGAAUUCUGGUCUGUUUAAGCGCUGGAUGAAGGGACCUUUCCACCGUCGUUCGCGCAGCGCCCCAGAAGAUAUACCCCCGGAGCCGAAACCCAUAAAGGGAUCUCCUACACUUCCCGACCUUAACCUCGGCGCUGAACUACGAUUAACUCAAUCACCGAUCGCGGUUGAUAUGUCUAUAUGAUUACUUUUCCAAAAAUACGAUAAUGCAACAUUAUGAACCUACUUCUGGACCCACGAAGGACUGUAAUUUUUAAUCUGUAGAUACGACCUAUAACCGCAUUGUACUGUUAUCCUGACAUCUGAUACCAUAUAUCGACCUUUAUUCCUUCUUUAUGUUUGUCCACCUUCGCUUUCCUCUCACGAGAUGAUUGAUAUUCGUUCACUUUGUAUAGGUACCGCAUAAUGGUUUCUUUCUUUGUAUCAUGAUUGGCAAUGCUUGAGAACUUUGUUCUUUAUUACACGAAAAGAAUUUUAUGUAUUGUUUGGUUUUGGAAUUAUCAUACAUAUUUUGACACGAACAUCCAUGUACAGCAGCCGACAAUCAUGACCAGCUAUUCCCCCGUCAAAACGCUGCACACUCCAGC